AUGGUUAGUUUUUUUGUUGUUUAGAUUCUAUUUUUUAAUAUUAAUAUAUUAAAAAAAUGUUACAGAGCGCAGUUUCAACCGAGGAAAUCAUUGAUAUGGAUGAUCAUUUAGAAGGUUUCUGUUCUGAUGAUGCUGUUAGAGUACAACGCGUUUCAAGAAAUUUUGAAAGGCAAAAGAGGUAAGGUACAUGUGUAUUUUGAGGUUUUAAAUGCUCCUCAAUUUUCAAGCCAUGCUUGAUUCAUCCACUCUGAAAACUGUUUUUUUUACUUCAAAAACCAAUUUUUCCAGCGGAAUCCGGCAAUUUGAAAUGAAAAUCAACACCGAUACAUUGUCCUCAGUCUGUGGUUUCAAUAAAAUUGAGACAACUCCAGAUGUUAUUGGCAAAAAACCAGCUCUUCCAUUUGUGUCAAAUACGCAAUUGAAUCGAUUCAAUCCAGGAAGUAUCGUUUCGAAUGAUUCGAAAAUCUUUGAAACAUCCGAAGAUUUGAGAGAGUUUGUAAAGAACGUCCAAUUAUUCCAAAUCCUCGAUUUCAUCCAAGAAAAUGUGGCGAGUGUCAGAGAGAAGAAAUUGCAAAAUUUUUGCGCAAAAAUCGCUGCUAUGAAGAAACUGACACUUUUAUCGAUUCAAGUCCCAAUCAAAGAAAAUGAGUUGGAAAAACUUGCUUCGAGCGUGACAAGUCAAAGUGAUUUGUUCAUAUUCGAUAUUCUCCAGCAGAAGCCAUUGCUCAGUAAAUCAGUUUUAGCUGCAAUUCUGAAUGUUUCUCCAAAAAACACAAGGAUCAAUGUCAAGAUUGAAAAAGAAGAGAGAAGUUGGCCUGUUAAAAUGCUCUACAAAUAUUUCGAAUCAAGAAUUAACAAAAAAGAUGUUGAAGGUGUUUUAUGGUUUUUGAAAAACGAAGAGGUUGGUAAUCCGAAGUUUUUUAUUCAAAAAAUGAAACUUAUUUUUUCAGAACUCAGAAUGGGGAAAAAUAAUUUUCAUUCGAAAUUGUGCCAAACCAAUUACCGAACAAAUUUUGAAACAUGUUCAAAAAAUGUAUCCCGGUUCGAAGCCAACAUUCAUUCCAACAGCAGUUGAAAUUCGUGUUGGUAAUCGUUCUCUCUACAUGUGUUAUGAAUGA